UCUUGGUUUAAUGUACCCCCGAAGAACAGCUGCUGAAGGGAGGCUGGACGAACCAUGACCAAAACGUCAGGGCGUGAAGGGAGACCGGCCAUGUACCUAGCUAGGUCGAUGAGUCGCUCACAACGUUUCCCGAAGCUCGCACUUGAAGGGAGGCCGGCCACAAUACCCCGUCCGAUGGUCAAAUCGACGCCCCAAAUCCAGUUCUCGUAGGGAGGCUGGUCACACCACAUCGGCAACCGGCUGGUUGAAGAACAGCCCGAAAUCCAGCACUCGAAGCGACGGCGGCCACGCAACCCCGGAGACAGGUUGGUUGAAGCCUCUGUUGUUCGGCGGGAGGGUGGCUACACGACGGCGGCAAUAGGUUGGUUGAAACAAAACCCAAACGUCAGGUUCAGGAGAGACCCCAGCCAGACGACGUCCGCUAUGGGCUGAUUGAAACGGUCUCCGACACAUAGCUUUUGAAGCUGGCCACUCCACUUGGGCGAUGGGCUGAUUGAAAUCGCCCCCCAAAGUCAGACUCUUCAAGUAUGUCGGCCACGCAAGUCCGGUGAGGUCUUGAUUGAACGUGCCCUUCAAAGUC